AUCAAAUUGCUAUCAUUUCCUAUAACAGAAGCACAAGAUUAAAGAAAGAAUUAGAUGUUGCACAUUGUUGGAGAAAAACGUGCAAAGUCGUCAGAAAGCAGGGUAAUUCACAUGGUUAUCACAUGCAUUUUUCUUGUAAGAAUCAGUAAUGCUUACAACAUUAUGUUCCAAUAUAUAGAUUGAGGAAGCUAGUCAUUAACAUACCCUUUUUGCAUCCGAGUUAUUUUGGCUUUUGCAACUAAAAUGGUAGGCUCAUCUGCAUCUCCUUGCCUGCAUCUUCCUGUUAGGACUAUUAGCUUGCCGUCUAGGGAACACCCCAUUUUUCUCAAAUUUGAUGCAAUACUUAAUCACCUAAAAACCUGGCAGAUACUAUCAGCUUCAGAAACAGCACCCUUUGGAGCAGAUAGUAUUCAAAUUGGUCUUGUUGGUCUUGCAGAGUUGUACAACUGUGUCGACGAGAUUUUGCAGUCUCCACUCGCUCAACAAGCUAUUCUUCGCCAUCAAAGUGGGAAGCUAGUGGAAGAAGCUCUUGAAGGAUCGCUCACAUUGAUAGAUACAUGUUGCACUGCAAAGGACAUGUUGCUGAUGAUGAAGGAACAUGUCCUAACCCUUCAGUCAGCUUUUCGCAGAAAAGGAAGAAAUUCAGGCAGUGAAGAACACAUUUAUGCCUACGUUAGCUCAAGAAAUAAGGUGCAAAAGGACAUUUCCAAGUGCCUUCUAUCUCUGAAAAAAUUGAAAAGCAAAGUUGGUUGCUCGUCUGCAAUCGAUGCAGACCAACACCUAUUGGAGAUAAUAAGAGUUAUAAGAGAAUCAAGCAGCAUUGCCAUAUCCAUUUUCCAGUCUUUUCUGUUAUUUUUUUCAAUGCCAGAAAUGAAGACAACAAAAGGUAGAUGGUCGUUAGUUUCAAAACUAAAGCAAUUAAGAUCAUCUUCCGCUGAUAAAGGACUGGAGAUUAUAAAUGAGGUGAAGAGUUUAGAUCUCUGUCUUUUCUCUCUACAUGAGAAGUCACAGGCGAAUGAUCCCAAAGCUGAAGUGCAAAAGAUAAAGGGAAUGUUAGAGACUGUAAAUCUUAGCCUUGAUAGCCUUGAGGCUGAAUUAGAAUGUACAUCUAGGUGUCUAGUACAAAAUAGGGUGUCUCUACUCAACAUCCUCACUCAGUAGUGAUCUCGUAUUUGUAAAUCAUAGAUUGAUGAUGGCAUCCACAUUUUAGAGGAUUUGAAAUAGCUGGAAAUUUCACCUGGUUUCCAGAAUUGACAUCCAAAAUGUACAAACCAAACUACUGAAGUUAAGAGUGGUUCUAUUGUUGCCAAUUUCUUGUUAGUGCUAGUAGUACUGUAAUGAGUAUCGUAAUUUUGCAGGAUUCAUGGCUCUACCUAAGAACUGAAUAAUAAGCUAAAACUAAAUUUGACUGUGUUCUAAAACCAUUUAGUAAGAUUUGUCAAUUCUCUGUGAAGAUUCCAUAAGUAU